UGUGAGAAGUAGUUGCGGGCAGCCUCAGAAGCAGCAGCAGCGGCAGUAGCGGCGGCGGCGGCGGCCCCUGUGAGAGCCGCAGCAGGGACCACACCCACCUCACUGUCCCUGCCCUCUUUUGCCCUCUGGCCGUCCCGCCGGAGACCAAGUUCCCGGAGGAGAGCGGCCGCCCACGUCCGGAGCAUCCUCCCCUGUUGAGCGGGCACUGACGGACCCGGCGGCAUGAUGCGGCUGCGAGGCUCGGCGAUGCUGCGGGACCUGCUCCUUCGCCCGCCCGCCGACGCCUGCGCGGUUCUGAGGCGGGCGCAGCCCCUCGCCACCCUGUGCCGGCGCCCCCGGGGCGGGGGACGAGCUGGCCAGGCGGCCGCCGCGCGGCUCUACCCGUGGUGGGGCGGGGGCGGCCGGCCGGCGGGACCCCUCGUGAGGGGCCUGUCCAGCUCCCCCUCAGAGAUCCUGCAGGAGCUGGGCAAGGGGGGCACGCCGCCGCCUCCGCAGCAGCCGCAGCAGCAGCCGCCGCCGCCUCCGCAGCAGCCGCAGCCCGGGGCGUCGCCGCCCGCGGCCCCGCCGGCGUCCGGCCCCAAGGACGGCUCGGGGGAGACAGACGGGAUCGGCAACAGCGAGGGCAAGGAGCUGGUGGUUUCAGGCGAAAAUAAAAUAAAGCAGGGUCUGUUACCUAGCUUGGAAGAUUUGCUAUUCUAUACAAUCGCAGAAGGACAAGAGAAAAUACCUGUUCAUAAAUUUAUUACAGCACUCAAAUCUACAGGAUUGCGAACGGCUGAUCCCAGGUUGAAAGAGUGUAUGGAUAUGUUAAGAUUAACUCUUCAAACAACAUCAGAUGGUGUCAUGCUAGACAAAGAUCUUUUUAAAAAAUGUGUUCAAAGCAACAUUGUUUUGUUGACACAAGCCUUUAGAAGAAAGUUUGUCAUUCCUGACUUUAUGUCUUUUACUUCACACAUUGAUGAGUUAUAUGAGAGUGCUAAAAAGCAGUCUGGAGGAAAGGUUGCAGAUUAUAUUCCUCAGUUAGCCAAGUUCAGUCCUGAUUUGUGGGGUGUGUCCGUUUGUACAGUAGAUGGACAGAGGCAUUCUAUUGGGGAUACCAAAGUUCCAUUUUGCCUUCAAUCCUGUGUAAAACCUUUGAAAUAUGCCAUUGCUGUUAAUGAUCUUGGAACAGAAUAUGUGCAUCGAUAUGUUGGGAAAGAGCCAAGUGGAUUAAGGUUCAACAAACUGUUCUUAAAUGAAGAUGAUAAACCACACAAUCCUAUGGUAAAUGCUGGAGCAAUUGUUGUGACUUCAUUAAUAAAGCAAGGAGUGAAUAAUGCUGAAAAAUUUGACUAUGUAAUGCAAUUUUUGAAUAAGAUGGCUGGUAAUGAGUAUGUUGGAUUCAGUAAUGCAACGUUUCAGUCUGAAAGAGAAAGUGGAGAUCGAAAUUUUGCAAUAGGAUAUUACUUAAAAGAAAAAAAGUGUUUUCCAGAAGGUACAGACAUGGUUGGUAUAUUAGACUUCUAUUUCCAGCUAUGCUCCAUUGAAGUAACAUGUGAAUCAGCUAGUGUGAUGGCGGCAACACUGGCUAAUGGUGGCUUCUGCCCAAUUACUGGGGAAAGAGUACUGAGUCCUGAAGCAGUUCGAAAUACACUCAGUUUGAUGCAUUCCUGUGGCAUGUAUGAUUUCUCGGGGCAGUUUGCUUUCCAUGUUGGUCUUCCUGCAAAAUCUGGAGUUGCUGGGGGCAUUCUUUUAGUUGUCCCCAAUGUCAUGGGCAUGAUGUGCUGGUCUCCUCCCCUGGACAAGAUGGGCAACAGUGUUAAGGGAAUUCACUUCUGUCACGAUCUUGUUUCUCUGUGUAAUUUCCAUAACUAUGAUAAUUUGAGACACUUUGCAAAAAAACUUGAUCCUCGAAGAGAAGGUGGUGAUCAAAGGGUAAAGUCGGUGAUAAACCUUUUGUUUGCUGCGUAUACUGGAGAUGUAUCUGCACUUCGAAGAUUUGCUUUGUCAGCCAUGGACAUGGAACAGCGAGACUACGAUUCUAGAACAGCACUCCAUGUAGCUGCUGCAGAGGGUCAUGUUGAAGUUGUUAAAUUUUUGCUGGAAGCCUGCAAAGUAAAUCCUUUCCCCAAGGACAGGUGGAAUAACACUCCCAUGGAUGAAGCGCUGCACUUUGGACACCAUGAUGUAUUUAAAAUCCUGCAGGAAUACCAAGUCCAGUACACGCCUCAAGGAGAUUCCGACAACGGAAAGGAGAACCAAACCGUCCAUAAGAAUCUGGAUGGAUUGUUAUAAUGGUCUUAAGCCCAAGAUUUAAAUCACUUACCUAUUUAAUUGUGGAAAAUGAUUAUGAAGAACAUGUGUAUUUCUAUCUGGUAGUGAUGUAUAUUUUACAACAUUUGUCAUUUCAGUGUUACUGGAGUUUUCUUCAUUGUGCACACAGGACAAAUCUGAUCUCUUUGGGAAAAAAUAGAAAUAAAACAAUCUCCCUCCAUAAUGUGAGCAAUAUUUACCUCGCACAUUGUAUAAUUUGAUGUAAAAGAAACAGUUACCAAUGCUAGCUUAACUGUGUGGUCUUCGUGAUUUAUUUUUGUGUAUUGUGUGACUUUUCAAUUUAUGGUGAUGAUCUGCUGAUAUGCAUUUAUAAAUUAAACUCUGUUGUACAGUCUGUCCAAAUGGGUCAAGGCUGCCUUUAGAAGCAAAACUGUAUGAUUUUCAUGACUUCAACUAUGUAUUUAGUUUGAGUGUUUGAACAGUUAUAUGCACCUAUGGUUAUGUGUUUGAAAUAUCGCCUGUCACCCUAGGUUCAUGAUGUGACUCUUUAAAAAUUAUAAUAGUUAAUAACUAUUAGUAGGACAGACCAAUUCUGACUAGAUUUUAUCAGGGAAUCUGUUUAAGAUAUGUUUGGUGAUCAAAACAAUGUGUGAAUGUAGUUAAAAUAAUUUUUGAAAUAAUUUCCUUUUUCUAUAUCCCCUUAGACCAGCCUCUCUUCCCAGAUGUUUAGCUAUUUGCCUCUUUCCUUUAGCUGGGAAAGUGGGUGCUGGCAUACUAUGCAGUUUUCAUGUUUUCCACAAUAAAUCAGAAAACGCCUCAUGUACCUGGCAUCCGAGCUGUGACUAUGCCAUUUGUCUACAGGAGAUGAACCAGAGACAAAUUACUAAGCUAAGUACAAAUUAGUCAAAUUUAUCAGCCAAUAAAAGGAAGGGAUGUGCUACUUCAGCUCUUUAAGAAGAUAUUUUUCAGCUUUCAGGAUCAAGAUAAAUUCAGAAGUGCUCUAAGCUACCAAAGUUAUUAUGAAGGUAUGGGAACGGCUACAAAUAACAUUUGUUUUUAAACCUGUCAUUAAGAGUCUGCAUCAAGAUAUUUGUUCUAUUUGGGGGAUCACUAGAUCACUCCAGUUUUCUCCUGAUUUUCUACCAUAUAUUUUUUGUGGACUUUAGAGUUAAUAAUAAGAAAAGGCCAUUUCAUUUUAAAUCGAGACCCAUCGUUUGUCUUGCAGAGGAACUGCACACAUACGUUAUCCUGUCAUACUCAGAGGUAAAAGGGUAUGUUAAUAAGGACUUCUGAUAUUAAGCACACACACAGGCACACACACACACACACACACACACUCACAAAUGGACUUCUUUGAAGCUGUGUUUAAUGAAAUGUGCAGAACCCUCAACUACAUGAAUACUGGUUGUUUCAUUAAUAUAGCAAAUUCCUUUUUUUUUUUUUUUUUUUCCUUUUCUAUCAGCACACACUCUGCUUCCAAGCUUUAUCGUGCCUAAUGGCUCCUUUCCCACUCCAGCAGCCUCCAAGUGUUUUGAUUAUUGCUUCCAGUCUAAAUCAGUGACUUCAGCCAUUGCCCCCUUAUUAACCUAGAUGUGUUCUUUUGGUGGAACACGGCCGGUGUUCCUUAACUGAGCUGCAUCAGGCAUGAAGCCAUUCUCGUGUGUGUGCUUCUGUGGGGAGUAUGGUGGGUGGGUGUCCAGCCCUGCUGCUGUGUUCCUGCCUCAUGGAUCUACCAAGACAUGCAGACAGGUGGUAUAUGUAAAACGCUGCAGAGGAACGGCAUUAUUCCCAAAGAUAUUAUGGGGCAGACACUCUUUAAUAGAAAUCAACUGAAAUAACUGCUCCAACAGCAGCUUGCUCUGUGUGAUUUAAAUGAAACAUUAAGAUGGUUCAAUUACACAGCUUAAAGAUUACCAAUGAUUCUGAGGCUUUUCUCUAAUAAAAAGAGGUUCUAACUAUUAUUUGGGAACAAAGAGUUUUCAUCUUUUCUCAGAUUGUAACUAUUUUGUGAAAUCUUUGUGGUUUAGUUAAAUGUGCCCUUACUUACCCAUGAGGUUAUUUAUGACUGUACACUGGUUCCUGUUCUGGCUGUUCGCUGUUGGCUGGUGAUAAUAAUGAGUACAUUUGAUUUCAAUGCUUUUAACUGUGCUGUUAACUGCUGCCAUCAGUAUACUCCAAAGAUCUCUCUGUUUGGGCUUUAGGAUCAUACGUGCUUUUUCUGUACCACAGAGCUCUAUAUGGUGGUGUUUAUUUAAAGCUUUGUAUACACUGUUGUUUUUGCUGGUCUCAGUUCUAAUUAUCAUCUCAUCUUUGAGUGUAAUGUGCUGUACCCCACUGCUGCCCCACACUGCCCUUUAGCUGCAGAGCUGGAUUAGCUAUCAACCGUUUAAUGCUGUUACCUGCUUGGCAGGGAAUGAAUGACCUGAUGUUGGAUUUAGAUUCUUCCUGGGGAUUGUACAGCUAUGAAUGUAUUUGCUUCCAGAACCUCCCAAAGUGAAUCUAAUCUUAAAACUGUAAGUUGUAAGUAUUCUGAAAUUGGAAAAUAUUUAUUUUAAAUGAAAUUAGGUAGUGUUGCUUUUUACAGCUUAAUAAAUACAUGUAUCAAAAAGAAA